CAUAUGAUUAUUUUUUUUGUUGAAUUUUGAAGUUCAAUGUUGUAGAUAAUAACAAAUGUCAAUGCUAUAAGCGAUAUUUUACGGAAGUAUUUUCGGCCAUGAAAAGUUAAAACCGUUAUUGAUACAAAAAAAGACUGUCAAAAUGUCCGGAAAUGUUGGCAUGGAGCAGCUUAUUCCGAUUGUGAAUAAGCUGCAAGAUGCCUUUGCUCAACUUGGUGUUCCAAUUUCCCUUGAUUUACCCCAGAUUGCUGUAGUUGGAAGUCAAAGCGCUGGUAAAAGUUCUGUUUUGGAAAAUUUCGUUGGGAGAGAUUUUUUACCAAGAGGAAAUGGUAUUGUAACCAGAAGGCCGUUGGUACUUCAACUUAUAUAUGGACCCGCAGAGUAUGCAGAAUUCCUGCACCAGAAAGGGAAGAAGUAUACUGACUUUGAUCAGGUGAGGAAGGAGAUUGAAGCUGAGACGGAUCGUGUAACUGGGGGAAACAAGGGCAUUUCUAACAUUCCAAUUAACCUGAGAGUUUACUCACCACAUGUAUUAAAUUUGACGUUGAUAGAUUUGCCUGGUAUGACAAAGGUACCGGUUGGUGAUCAGCCACAGGAUAUAGAGCAGCAGAUACGAAGCAUGUUAAUGGAGUUUAUAACAAAGGAGAGUUGUCUAAUCCUGGCUGUAAGUCCUGCCAAUACUGAUCUUGCUAACUCCGAUGCCCUCAAAAUUGCAAAAGAAGUUGACCAGCAAGGUUUAAGAACUAUAGGUGUGAUUACAAAACUAGAUUUGAUGGAUGAAGGAACUGAUGCUAGAGACAUCCUUGAAAAUCGACUCCUUCCUUUAAGACGAGGUUACAUCGGUGUUGUAAAUAGAAGCCAAAAAGAUAUCGAGGGUCGUAAAGAUAUACGUGCGGCCCUGGCUAAUGAGAGGAAAUAUUUCCUUAGUCACCCCUCAUACCGUCAUAUGGCAGAUAGAAUGGGCACCCCAUAUCUUCAGAGAGUUUUAAAUCAACAAUUGACCAAUCAUAUACGAGACACGUUACCGACAUUACGUAGCAGAUUACAGGCACAAUUACUAUCUCUAGAGAAAGAUGUUGAAGAGUUUAAAAAUUUCAGACCCGACGAUCCAGCCCGCAAAACUAAAGCUAUGAUGCAGAUGGUACAACAGUUUGGAUUGGAUUUUUCUAAGAGUAUAGAAGGAUCUGGUGAUAAAAUCAGCAUGAAGGAACUGUCGGGAGGAGCUAAAAUCAACAGAAUUUUCUAUGAGAGAUUCCCAUUUGAAUUAGUUAAGAUGGAAUUUGAUGAAAAAGAAUUACGGAGAGAAAUAAGUUAUGCGAUCAAGAAUAUCCAUGGUAUAAGGACUGGUCUGUUUACACCAGACAUGGCAUUUGAGGCAAUAGUAAAGAAACAGGUAGAGAAGUUGAGGGCACCAUCCCUCAAGUGUAUAGAUAUGGUCAUCACAGAGUUAACCAAUGUCAUUCGUAAAAAUACUGAAAAGAUGAGUCGUUAUCCAAUGUUGCGAGAAGAGACAGAAAGAAUCGUAAACACAUGUGUGCGAGAACGCGAGGCUAAAUGUAAGGAACAAAUCAUGUUGUUAGUGGAUAUACAGCUCGCUUAUAUGAAUACAAAUCAUGAAGAUUUCAUCGGAUUUGCCAAUGCACAACAAAAAUCAGAUAAUUCAACAAAAAGAAAAGUUGGCAACCAGGUUAUUCGAAAAGGUUGGCUGACUCUUCAUAACAUAAGUUUUAUGAAGGGCGGAUCAAAGGAAUUCUGGUUUGUUCUGACAGCUGAAAGUCUGGCUUGGUUUAAGGAUGAGGAGGAGAAAGACAAGAAGUACAUGCUCCCUUUGGAUAAUAUUAAUUUACGAGACAUGCAGGAUUCUGGAUUCAUUAAACAGAAAAAAAUGUUUGCCUUAUUCAGUCCUGAUUCAAGUUCAUCUAAUCCAAGGAAUGUAUACAAAGAUUAUAAACAGUUGGAAUUGUCAGCUGACAGUCAGGAAGAGGUAGAUAGUUGGAAAGCCUCGUUCCUUCGUGCUGGUGUUUACCCAGACAGAUCUCAGGAUAAUCAAGAAUCUGGAAAGGAUGAUCUAGGUUCAAUGGAUCCACAGUUAGAAAGACAGGUGGAAACUAUACGCAAUCUGGUAGACUCGUACACUAAAAUAGUCAACAAGACUCAACGAGACCUUGUUCCAAAAACACUCAUGCAUCUCGUUGUUAACUAUGUUAAAGAGUUCAUAGGAGGAGAGUUGCUGGCACAUCUGUACUCAACGACUGACCAGAACUCGUUGAUGGAGGAGUCAGUAGAGGAGUCUGCUCGACGUGAGGAACUAUUACGUAUGUAUCACACAACAAAAGAGGCUCUACAGAUUAUUGGUGAUGUGUCAGUGUCGACUGUAUCUACACCUGUACCACCACCUGUUGACAAUGAAUGGUUAGAGCCGAGUCAAGGACAGAAUGGUGGAGGAGGGUACGCAGGUCGUCCAUCUUCUCCAAAACCGGGUCGAGCACCUCCACCCCCACUUCCAAACAGACCAGGUGGGUCAGCUCCAGGGGUUAUGCCCUCAAUACCUAAUAGACCAGCUCCUGGUGUCCCGUCUCGUCCAGCACCUGGUGCCCCAGGACCAGCCAUUCCUUCGAUGAUGAAUACUGCCUCAAAGUUUGGUUCUGUUGGAAGAAGAGGAGGCCCUCCACAGCCGGCCAAUGCUCCAAGAAUUCCAGAUAGACCCUCGAUACCAGCACGCCCAAACUAGAGUAGCUAGCUACUGCAAGCAGGUUAUUAUUGUUGUAAGAAAGGGAUGAAAAUUGCAUUGAGUUAACAUGUAUAAUGUGUGAUACUACAAGAGCCGCUUCAUGCAGAAUAACACAUGAUAAAACAUUAUAGACAAUAGAUAAACCAAUGUUAUUAACAGUUCUCAGUAUGUUUAACAAGUUUGUGUUGUUAGUGACCGACACUUUUAUUGUAAGAAAUAUUUCUGUCGGGGGGAAAUAGUGAGCUUUAUUAUUUGCAAGUAUGUAUGGAUACUAUAGAACUACAUGUAGGUAAAUGAAUUGGUUUUUAAAAUGUUAUAGAGAUUUUUUAGGAAACCUUUUUAUAAGAAUUUUUCAUUUAUAUUAGGCAGAAUUAGAAAUGGAAAAAAUGGAUAUGUGCAAUUGACAAAUGAUGAUAAAUAGAAGGAUUUCUUUAGACAACUAAUAUACUUAUUACAUGUAGAAAUGUAUGUUUACAGUUAUCACCUGGGUAACUUGACGCAAAGACAUAGAAAUACAUAAAACAUUCUUGGAAAGAGUAUUUGUAAUAUGUUAUGUUUGUAAAGAAAAGAUGGUUCUGCAUAAAGUGCUCUCCAAAAGUUGCUCUUUUCAAGAAAACUAUUUCUUUUUUUAUGUAUUAAUUUGAUAGUUAAAACAAAUGAAAACAGAAUUUAACCCUUUCUAUUCUAACUGGUCAAGGAGCGAUGGACAAGAAAGUAAUAUGUGAAG